CUCGAGGAGAAGAGCUGAAGGCGGAUCGGCGUCGCCCGAGCAGCAUCAGGAGAUCCACAUUGAAAGGAAGCAGAAGCUGAUCUGAUCAUCUGUCAUCCAGUGUCAUCGAGUGUCCGUCAUGGCCAGGCCUUCUGCAGCGGCAGGCAGAGCCGGCGGCGACGCUGGUGCUCCAAAGAAAGACAAGUGGAGCAAACGCGCCAAGGAAGAGCAGGACGAGAAGUGGAGGAAGACCCGGAAUCUCGUCAUCGGUCAGUACUCGUGUGCUCAUUGGGAUGCACAACGGCUUUGCAAUGGUGCAUAUGUGUGUGCUGCAGGUCUGGGAAUGCUGGGCUUGCUGUCGGGUGGUUUGUUCCAGGUCGUCUACACGAUUUGGGAUGCAAUCUAUGGCGGAUUCCACCACAUACCUCUUGACAACAGCAACAAACUCAAAGGUCAGGCAGACAGACACGCAUCAAACCGUGCAGCCGUUCGCAACACAGAGCAGAUGCUGCGCUGUGUUCCUUCAGAUGUGUUCUUUUCGGGCGAGCCCUGGCUCGUUCACUGCACUUAUCCCGACUCGACCACGCCGUAAGCACACAUCAGCACCAAGCUGCGCUACUGCUGCAGCUCAUCGUUGGGUGUGGACUCAAUGCGUUCAGGAUGGUUCAUCCGGUGCUGCAGAAUGCCCGCACGAAGCUCUCCACUGAAGGCUUCAGGCUGGGCACCAUGGACUGUGGAUGUGAGAAAUCAUAGACAGGCAGCAGGCACACAUGAUGGAGCUGUUUGUGGUCUUGUAUCUGACAGCUCCGAUGGCGUCGAAGCACAACAAGAGUGUGGUAGACCGCUUCCACCUCCCCAAGACAGCCGUGGGCUUUGUGGUGGCCAACGGCGACAAACCCAAGCCACUCACACACCAAAGUCUGACUGACGCCAAGAAGCUCACCGAAUACGCCAAGAAGGCCGCCGAACCAAAAGUCGUCCAAAUCGUUUCGGUACGUGCGAAUGAGAAAAGUGAAGGAAAGGCCACGAGCGAGGCAUUUCGUUGCUCCCUCUUGUUUUGUGCAGGUUCAUGAGUUUCCGGCUCACUGCACGGAGAGGCGUCGGUGUGUGGUGUUGGGUCAGAGGGGCGGUGUGGCCAAGAAGAUGCGUCAGGAGAUCCUGCCGCCGCUGAUGCACGACAAGAAGGUCCGGGGCCUCAAGCUCGUCUCAGUCGACACGGCCAAGUUCCAGGUAUGUACGCGCCGACGAUACAGUAAGCCUCUCGUGAUUCGAUGACGUGGGUGUGGUUGGUUUGUGUGGUCAGGUGAAGUUGGAUGAGAAGAUUCUGUCGACGCGUAAGAAACUCCCGAAGGAUAAGGAUGGCAAGGCGUCCGACUCGCGAGGGCUGACAGCCAUGUGCCUGCACAGAUCAGAUGAACCGAGUGGUCAAGCUGAUCAAGGUAUGUCAUGCGAGCCACGACACACUGAUCGAUCAAGGGGCGCAUGGACGGAUAUCGAGUGGGUCGAUUCGGUUUCUCCCUCUCAGAUGAGGAGAGCGGCAAGGCGAAAGGGGGCAAGGGGAAGAAGAAGCCCGCGGGGACCUUCUACGGCUCAUUUCACAACGGUGAGCCAUUCACACAGUCCUCUGAAUUGCAAUAGACCAACACAACCGCGUCACCGUCUGUGUGUGUGGGCGCAGGUGAGGUGACAGAUGACAAUCCGGGCGGGCUGGGCAAAUUUAUCCGGGCCUGCGGGACGGUCGCUCUGGGAGCAGGUAGACAUGCAGAUGCGAAUCCAUACCCCAGUCGAUUUCGCCCUGUGGCAUGUAGGUUCCGGAGCUUUAGUGAAGCUCGACCAUCCUCCCAAGAUCUCCCUGCGCAUCAGACCCACACCACAGACCGCCCAACAGCAGCAGAGGCAGCCACCACCCGAACGGCCACCACCAUCCUCCUCCCAGCAGCAGAAGCAGCAAGAGGAUCUGGAUGAUGUGGAUUGGGCGAGCUAUGGUUUGGGUGACGAGUGGCGGGAGGACGGGGGCGAUGAUGAGGGUGAGGGUGUGCCUCGGCGUGCGGCGGGGCCAGAGGAGCUCGAGUUUGUGGAUGAAGACGACUAUGUGGAGGCGGGGGGGGACGCGGAAGGCGACGAGGAUGACGAAGGGGAAGUGGUGAGAAAGACACAAGGGAGGGAAGAUAUGGGUGGGUGCGGGGCAUCGCUAUCCUACCCAUUUGUGUGUCUUGUUCGUGUUGUGUGUGCAGGUUUGGGUGUGAGAGGAUGGGCUGUUUUUCCUGUGGAUAGGGCGAUCGACUCAAUAAGUUAAGGCAGGGCCGAACGGUCGGCCUGGUGGGAUGCGUGACUGCACAGACAGCUUUCGGUGUACAUGUCUGUGUGUGUGUGCAUGUGUGUCGACUCUCUCUCGUGUCACUCAUCGAUCGACGCGAUGACUGAAUGCAAUGAAGG